UUAAAGACAAAGGCAGGACAGGCAAAAUGGGAAGAAACGAUUUUGAUCGCAGAACAGAAGGACGAUCGCCUAUGAAAGGUGGUAUGAUGAAUCCUAACAGAGGUGGUUACAUAAACAGAGGAGGGUUUAAUAACAGAGGUGGUGGACAAAAUCGAGGAGGUCAGCAAAAUCGAGGAGGUCCGCCGAGAGGUGGCAUGCCGCAUCGUGGUGGACCCGGCGGUCGAGGUUCGCAUCAGAACAACAGGGGUGGACAACAAAGACCAAGAGGGGGAUCACAGUCGGGUAAUACUAUUACUGUUACUCCAAAUAAGAAUCUAACACAGAUUAAGCAAGAAAAACCUGCUACUCCUCUGCCCGUUAAAGACGAAAAGAAGACUCCUGUGAAGACCGAUAACCCAGUAACUCCGACAAAUGUGAAAUCGGAAAAGACGACUCCGCUUUCACAGAAAACAACUCCACAAGCUCAGAAUUUUAAAUCGCCUCAACCUCGCCAGCAGCAAUCCCAACCACAGCGUUCAACGCCAUCACCAAACUCCAGUAACAUGCGCCCUCCAAAUCAGAAACCUCAAACCCCAACUCAGGCGAGUCCAAGAGGUCAAAAUCAGAGUACCCAACAACAGAAUACAAAAGACCAACAGAAAGCACAACAGGUACAGAAUCAAGGUAAAUCAGAGGAACAGAAUCAGGGCCAAUCUGUACAGAAUCAAGGAAGGCCUCAACAAAAUCAAGGAAGACCUCAACAAAGUCCAGGAAGAUCUCAACUGCAGCAGCAGCAGACUGAAAAUAGACAGCAAGGGCAAGAGAGCCGAUAUCAGAAUCAGCGAGACUUCAGAAAUAAUAGGAGUGCUUCACAGAAUCGUCGGGAGAGGAAUGAAAACCGUUUUCAGGAAAGGGGCAGCAGAGCAGAUGAUAGUAUGGAAGGUCAAACUAAACCACGAGAGGAGAAGAAAUUCACAAUGAGGUGCAGACUCUUUGUUGGUAAUCUAACUGCCGAAACAUCAGAGGAGGAAUUCAAGUCCAUGUUUGAGCCAUUUGGUGAGCUAAGUGAAGUGUACCUUAACCCACAGCGAGGAUUUGGAUUUUGUCGCCUGGAUUACAGGAGCAAUGCUGAGGCAGCAAAAGCUGCAUUGGAUGGAACUGUCCGAAAGGGUCGUACUCUGAGAGUUAGAUUUGCUUCACAUGGAGCAGCCUUGAGAGUGAAAAAUCUAUCACCGGUUGUUUCUAACGAGUUGCUGGAAAGUGCUUUUUCUCAGCUUGGCGAGGUUGAAAGAGCUGUUGUUGUCUGUGAUGAUAGAGGGAAGUCAACAGGAGAGGGACUUGUUGAAUUUGCAAGGAAGCAGGUUGCACUUAGUGCCAUGAAGCGCAUCAAUGAUGGGGUCUUCAUGCUUACAGCCGCCCCGCGACCAAUCUUUGUUGAACCAUUGGAGCAGAAAGAUGAAGAGGAUGGUUUAGCCGAGAAAUUCCUUCCGAAGAAUGACCAGUAUAGAAAGGAGCGUGAAGUGGAACCACGAUUUGCACAGCCUGGAUCAUUUGAGUUCAGCUUUGCGUCAAAAUGGAAACAGAUUGUGGAAAUGGAGAAGAGUCAACUGGAACAAGUGAAGAGAAAUGUCGAGGAGGCUAAAUUAAAACUUGAAGGGGAGAUGGAGACUGCUCAAAUGGAACAUCAAGAAGAACUUCUGAGAAAAGACCUUAUGAGGCAACAGGAAGAACUAAGACGUCUGCAGGAAAUCCGCCAGCAGUCGGAGCUCAGACGAAGACAAGAAAUGGAAAUGAGGAUGAGACAGCAAGAGGAUGACGAGCGGCUUCGACAGGAUAGACGUCCUGAUAUGAUGAUGCGGCGCAACGACAACAUGCGACGCCCCUUGGGAGGCGAUGCUAUGGGUCAGGAUGACAUAAUGAUGGGGCAAGGAGGUAUCCAUGACCUACCUGGAGGCAGUAACCGUGGCAAUGCCCCACCCCUCCCCCCGCCCCCUGCACCCCCAGCUAGUAUGGGACUGGACCGAGGGCGAUCUCAGAUGUCUGGAGGAUUAGGAAAUAACUACGGAAACCAAGGCAUGGGUGGUCCAGUAGGAAUGGGAGGCGACUCUGGGAUGGGUGGGCCAGGAGGCCAAAUGGAUCAUCAUGGGAUGUAUUUUGACAAUGGUGUGCCUCAGUUUGAUGGCCCUUCUGGAAAUAACUUCGGUAGUGCUGGGGCAGCCUUCCCAGGCCAGGGAAAUAUGGGCGGUAUGGGAGGGGGAAUGGGUGGGGUAUCCGGACCUGGUAAUAUGUACAAUCAAGGUGGCAUGGGUGGAAAUCUCGGCCAGCCAGGCAUGCGAGGAAAUGAGCGUGGAAUGGACAGACGACGAGAAGGCGGACCCAGAGAAGAUUAUGGCGAGAUGAAGAGAAUGAGGCGUUUCUAAUGUGCCAUUACCAAUGUGUAUCUUCCUAUAUUUAAUAAGGGGGAAAAUCCCUUAAUCAUGUGCUUCUUGUGGGUUAAUCCAAAUUGAAUAGAUCAUGGAAAACCAGAUAUUCAUAUGUGAGAACAUUCAUCAUACUUAGAGGAUUCCCAUGUAUACCACUACUCAUUUGUAUCUUUCUUUCACCAUCAUUUGAGUGAUUUGUUAAACUACGUAAUGUUGUUGUCGUUACUUGCUUUUCAUUUGGACAUUAAGAACAUUGGUAUAUUGGCCAAGAGCUACUGAUUGGACCAGUGUUUCACGCGAACCGAAAUCACCCCCUAUCCUGGUUGGCUUAUGUUUAUGCGUCUUUGAUUAAUAUUGUAAAAUUGUGGGUGUCUAUCUUAACUGAUGGCCAAAUCAGAUUUAAACAUUGUUAUUUAGUCAUUGGUGUGUAUUUUAGCAAGUGUUUUAAGAAUAAAUAUGUUCAAAGUACUUAAAAAAGAAAAAAAAACUUUGGAUUUUUUUGUAGCAGAUAUUCCUUUAUUUGUGCAGGACAUUUCCUAGUGGCACAGAGCAAAAAGUUAUUUGUGGCUGUAAUACAAAAUAAGCGCAACGGCCUAUUCGCAAAAUAUAUUAUAAUGUUUAGCCUUGACGAUUUUCCAUCCAUGAAAUCAUGAAACACAUUUUCUUGUUGAUUCUGGGCAUUAUUUCUAAUUUCUUGUUCAAGACAUGUAGGUGUUGAAAAUGCACAAUUCCACAUGUCCCUCAGUUUAUGCAUGUUGGUGUUGAAUUUUGUCCACAAGGCAAAUGUUUCAAUGUGACCACCAAAAAAAGGAUGAAAACCAUCUGGGUAUAAAAUCAAAGGGAGAUACAUGUGACUAAGGAAACAACUGCUUCAACUUGGUUUGGCACGAGGACAUGAUGUAGUGCUCCUUGAAUUACAAGGUAGAGAUCAGUGACUGACAAAAUUGGGGAAGUUGGAGAAUGUGACCAACAGGAAAUUCUGCAUAAGUCUUAAGUCCUUUCUGAAUGUAAAUGAAUUUAUAAAGUAACUACGAAGUGACCUUGAUUUCCACUCUCCACAUUUAUCAGUCACUAAUUGGUGAUGUUGGGAGGUAGGCAUUUAACAAAGUUGUGGGAAAAGCGUAAAGGAAGGUGCUGAAGUGUUGCACAUGUUUGUUC